AAAGGUUUAGAAAUUAGAAGUUUAACUUUUCUCCUUUUGUGUGAAAAACAGGUGCAACGAACACGGUGAAUAAUUGAGCAAAAACAGUGUGCAUGCAUUAAAUGCUACGACCUGCUAUUGUUAGUAGUUGAAACCAAUUAAAGUGAUAGAGGGGCCAACAUAGUAUAACAUAUAUCCUCUUCCGGGUUAUAAAAGCCUCAUGUUAGCUUAUGCAUACUACACCAACCAGGAUAGAUAUCAAAUAGAAAGUGUGAGUGAUUUGAUAUAGUAAAGAUGUUGCUAGGGAACAAGAAAGUGGCUUUAUUGUUAUUGCUUUGUCUACAUGCUUUCGUGGUCAAUGUGGUUGCAAGGAAUGUAAACAAUGAUGAUGAGAAAAACCUUGUCGGGUUUGGCAAGGGAGGUGGGUUUGGAGGUGGAUUUGGUGGUGGAGGAGGAGCUGGUGGUGGCGGCGGCGGCGGUUUUGGUGGAGGAGGAGGAUUUGGGGGUGGUGCUGGUGGUGGAGGAGGGUUUGGUGGUGGUGCAGGCGGCGGACAUGGAAUUGGAGGUGGAGGAGGGUUUGGUGGCGGUGGAGGUGCUGGUGGAGGACAUGGGAUUGGAGGUGGAAUUGGUAAAGGAGGCGGACUUGGUGGUGGAAUAGGAAAAGGUGGGGGAGCUGGUGGAGGUGGUGGUUUUGGAAAAGGUGGAGGAGUAGGAGGUGGUGCCGGUGGCGGCUUCGGAAAGGGUGGAGGACUUGGAGGUGGUCAUGGUGGGGGCAUUGGCAAAGGUGGUGGUGUUGGAGGAGGUUCAGGUGGUGGCUUUGGAAAGGGCGGUGGCCUUGGAGGUGGUAUAGGUAAGGGUGGUGGUGGAGGUUUUGGAAAAGGUGGCGGUGUUGGAGGUGGAAUUGGCAAAGGUGGAGGUCAUGGAGGUGGUGGAGGCUUUGGAAAAGGUGGUGGCAUUGGAGGUGGAAUCGGAAAGGGUGGAGGUCUUGGUGGUGGUGGAGGCUUUGGAAAAGGUGGUGGUGUUGGUGGUGGAAUUGGCAAAGGUGGAGGCUUUGGAAAAGGUGGUGGUGUUGGUGGUGGAAUUGGCAAAGGUGGAGGACUUGGUGGUGGUGGAGGCUUUGGAAAAGGUGGUGGUGUUGGAGGUGGAAUUGGAAAAGGUGGAGGACUUGGUGGUGGUGGUGGAUUUGGAAAAGGCGGUGGCAUUGGUGGUGGAAUUGGUAAAGGUGGUGGUUUAGGUGGUGGUAUUGGAGGAGGUUCUGGUGGAGGUGGUAGUUUUGGAGGCGGUUCUGGUACUGGAAUUGGUGGUGGAAUCGGAAAAGGUUUUGGUGGAGGUAUUGGGGGUGGUUCAGGCGGAGGUUUUGGCGGCGGUGGUGGUUCUGGUGGUGGCAUUGGAGGGGGAUUUGGCAAAGGUGGAGGUUUUGGUGGUGGUGCUGGAGGAGGUUCUGGUGGUGGUAUUGGUGGAGGGUUCGGCAAAGGUGGAGGCUUUGGAGGAGGUGUUGGUGGAGGAGAAGGAGGUGGUUUUGGUGGAGGGUUUGGCGGGGGUGGCGGAGGAGGUGGAGGCGGUGGAAUUGGACACCACUGAGCGUCGACGUUGAUAUUACUUAAGUUAAACUUUAUAGUAUAAUUAUCAUUUCUAUUGAACUUGCAUUUUUUAUGAGCCGAUGCUAUAUAUAAGAAAUGUUUGUACGAGCGAAAUUAAAAGUGUUAUUAUUUAAUCAUGUAUCUUAUCUUAUUUAUAUAUGAAAUUUUCUCUAAUAUAUUGAGUGAAAGAAUUAGUUAUA